AAUGAGCUUUAAGCAUAACCAUUUAGAAAGCAACUAUUCAAGUGAAAUUGUGAAUUAUUAACUUCAACAGGUAUUGAGUGAUUUAGAGCAUAUUUAAAAUCUGACUAAAAUAAGGGGUAACGAUUCUCAAUUUCCAAGGAGAUGUACUUACUGCAAAAUUCAGCAUGAUUAUGAUAUUGAGCAUAAUUUAGUAGUAACUUAAUACACUGAUGCAUAAUUUAUCAGUGAUUUAAUUUAUGAACAUGAUACUCUCUAUUAAAUUUGUUAAUGGGCUCAUUAGAGUAUUGGAUAAUAAACAAUAAGGGAUUCUAUGUCUCCUCAAGAUAAAGCAUGGAAUCAUAUUUUAUCACACAACUAUGAUUAAGUGAAUUAAAAUUUAACAGAAGAAGAAACUUGUAUUUUAAAUUCUUUGAAGCCUUUUGGAACAGGUGAUAAAUUAUUUGACUUCAUGGAAUUAUCAAAAUAUUAAAAUGAAAAUUGGGUACUCACUCUUGAAUUACUUUAUAAAGCCACAUUAAGAGCUCCAUAUGAUAAUCAUAAGUUAUAUCUAUGGGCAACAUGUUAAAGUGUUGAAUGGUAAAGUGGAAUUUCGAAAUUUAAUGAAGACUUAUGGUUAAAUAUUAGAGCUGAAUUAUUUUAUAAAGUAAUGACUAAACAUAAUGAAAUCUAUCCAAAAAUGAUGAAAUGCAUCAAUUUUGGAAUCAAUAAACCUUUUAUUUGGUAACCUAAAUUUUAUGAAUUAAAUUGUGGUUACAUGAAUGAUGAAAUUGAUAGAAUUGGUAAAAAAUUUAUUAUUGAAAUCAUUAAAUACUUAACUUCAAAAAAAAACUUACCUCAAUUCAUUUAACUUAUGAAGGAUUCUCUUUUAGCAAUUUAAACUAAAACUAAUGAUUUAAAAUAGUCUGCUUUAAGAUCUAAAUGUUAUUACAAAAUUGGACUUAUGAUAUAUGAUUUAUUGGAUGUUGAUACAGAUAAUGAAUUAUAUCUAUUAGAAAUAAUUGAAGAAAUUGUAAAAUUGAUUUUAUAAGAAUUCAUAGAUCGAAACACUAAACUUUAAUAUUUAAUUCACCUUUUGAGCAUUUUAAGACGUUUGGAUCAUUUUAACACAUUUAUUUUUCUCGUGUGUUAAACCAUUAUAAAUUCUUAAGGAGACUCUUUAAGUUCCUUUCUAUAAUUAUUAAUUGAUUUUCAUUUCGACUAAGAUUUUAUCACCAAAAUUGCAUUUGAAUAAUUUACUAAAUUGAGUCCUCUUUAGCAAAAUGAAUUAUUAUCCAAAGAAUUUUAACAUUUUUUUUCAGAAAAUUGCCUUUAAUAAUAAGUUGAUCAUUUGCUUCCAUAUAUUAUUGAAAAUAUAGAAAAUUUUAAAUAUAUCUUUGGAUAUUUAUUACAAGAAUAUUAAAAUUUUCUUUAUGAAUAAAAUCAAUAUUUUAAUGUUUAUAUUGAUGAAGAUAUUGAGGAAAUGUUAAAGUUUUUAAAAUAAUCAACCAUUCCUCCUUAUUGGUUUGCAAAAUAUAUUUAAUUUAUUUUAAGUAAUCCAAAUUUAAAUUAGUAAUAAAUGUAUUGAUAUAAAAUAAAUAUAUUAGUUUUGGAAUAAUGGAAGCUAUAAAAUUGAAUGAUAAAUUAUUCAUAAAUUUGCCAAUCAAAAGACAAUUACUAGCUUAACUUGCAAGAAAGCUAACAUCGAUAAAAUCAUUUGUUAAUUAUUUGCUUUAAUGA